AGAGGGGGUGGAUAAUUCGGGUCGUGGUCGUCGCCCGGGUCUGGGUUGCGAAGAAGUAGGGUUGUACGUUGCGAACGGUUCGUGGUUGACUAUGGGGCCGGGUGUACAGUCGAGCUGGGGGGUGUGGAAAACUGACGUUCUUGCGCGCCUGAGCGAUGAUGUGCUACCCUAUAAGAAGGACACAAAUGUCACGCAGCCCACACUAGUUCGAUUGCGCCAUCUUGCCCACAAGCCCGUGUCCACCUCCACGCUUUUACCUAAGGCCGCGCCCCCCAUGCAUCGCUUGAAACUCCACUUACAUCAACCAGGACGGUGCCUCGACCCUCUGCUCGCGUGCCCAACAUCCCACGACAUGAAAUCUGUGUCAGAACCAAGUUGCGCCUUUGGAAUUAGCAGCCUAGAUGCUCCAUUGUCACCAUGCAUACCAUGGGCGUCCAAAACUCUCAAGGCCCAGAACGACCACCCUCAACCCCUUUCUCACCUCAUCACCAAUCGACCGAGCCAGAUCUAUCGUAAAUUCUCUUCCGACGUCUUCCCAGACGCUCCAAGACCUUGUUCUAACGCCCGAGACAUCUCACCAUGACUGUCUUGAUAGAGAUCGUGGCGCUACGCAACGGUGAGUCGAUGAGGAACAUCGUGCAACUUACCAAACGCUCCUAGACACAUCCA